AUGUCGUCCAAGAGGAAGAAAAACGACAAUUCGGACGAAGAAAGUGAUGGAGUCAAUUGGGAGAAGGAGUAUUGGAAGAAGGUUGAGCAGCUGACAGAGCUGGAGCAAAAGCUUGAAACGAAGGACGAAGAGCGGAAGGAAAUGGCUGAGAAGAAUAGAGAGCUGGAAUGGAAAUUGAAACAUGUCAACGAUGAACUCCUUCGAUCCAAGUCCAAGUCAGGGCUAAGUGCGAGAGGUGUUAUCGAGUGGCUUGAGAAAAAACAGCGAACGCCGGAUUCUGUCAGACGGGGGCUGAUUUUGGAAUGGCGAGGAGUGACAUCAGCGAGUCGUGUUUACGGGAACGCGAGCUAUGAAAUCUCGGACGACCUUCAACGGCGGACAACUGCAGUACUUGAAAGGCGGUACGAUAUUCGGGAUCGGGCUCACCGUGCCGCUACGAUAAUUCAACGCGCCUACAGACACUACAAGAUGAAUGACGAACAUUCCCAAGGAGCGAGUUCGCAUUCCAAUGGUUUCACUACUCCAGAUCGUACAAGAUAUGCACCAACGACAUCAUUGAGCGCCCAAUUGCGAACCGAUCGCACUACUCAUUCAAUGGUUAAUGAUCAAUCACGAACUCGAAGUCCUCCAUCUCCGUCACCGAGAGGCCGACAGGAGUACAAUAUGAUUGAUGAAGUCGUCGCCGUCGCCUUCGUCGUCCUCGAAGCCGCUCAAGAGGAAGAAAAAAGACAAAAGAAGGUUCCAUUUGCAUAUGAAGAAACCAUGGAUAAAACGUCAUAUGAAGAAACCAUGGAUAAAACGAAGUCGCAGGCAAAUGGAACCACCUUUGCGCCUCGACAAACCUCCCGCGAGUUGCCCAGCGCCGCUUUCCCAAUUUCAAUGCCAACGAUU